AAAAACAAAUUGAUAUACAACUUCAAAUCUUAGAUAAAAUCGAUCAACUAUACCCCUGGAAAGUAAAAGCUGGACAUGGUAUUUCGAAUCUAUUGACGCUCGAGAAGGACAUUUUGGAAAACUUAAUUAUACCAUUUGAUAGCCCUUGGAAUUCUCUAUCACCCUGUCUAUUUUUGUCUUCGUUUACAGUUAAAUAUUACCAAAAUAAAUUGAGUGCAAUGAAGGUACCCUUAUGUCCAGAUUCUCACAGACUGGAUUUUUUCUCUGCCAUCAAAAUUAGUCUUUCAGAUUUUUUUAUCACUAUGGUGUUAUCUUUUUUAAAAGUAAUUAUAGAUUCUGAUAGAGCUUGAAAUUCUCUAUCAGCCCAUAUAUUUAUCUAUUGCCUUAUAUUUGUUUAUUGAAAAAUAAUUUGAAUAGAAUGAACGGUCCCUCAAUCGACAAGUAUGAAAAAUCUGCAGUUUUUCUCGCUACUUAAAUUCAAGACAAUAUAUUAAUAUAUAGGAUGAUAGAGAAUUUCAAGCUCUAUCAGAAUGUAAAAUUUUUUUUUGGAAAAACUUAUUCCUAUACGAAAAUAAUUUGCGAAAGAAACUAAAAAAACAACGAAAAAAUGCGGAUUUUGUAUACUUGUCAAUUGAGGAGGCGUUCAUUGUAUUCAAAUUAUUUUUCAAUAAACAAAUAUAAGGCAAUAGAUAAAUAUAUGGGCUGAUAGAGAAUUUCAAGCUCUAUCAGAAUAUAUAAUUACUUUUUUGGAAAUGUAUUUCUAUAGCUGGAGAACUAGUUGAGGAGACAAAAUCCAAUCUGUGAAAACCUGGACAUAAGGGUACCUUCAUUGCACUCAAUUUAUUUUGGUAAUGUUUAACUGUAAACGAAGACAAAAAUAGAUAGGGUGAUAGAGAAUUCCAAGGGCUAUCAAAUGGUAUAAUUAAGUUUUCCAAAAUGUCCUUCUCGAGCGUCAAUAGAUUCGAAAUACCAUGUCCAGCUUUUACUUUCCAGGGGUAUAGAUAAUCAAUUCAUUAAUCAUAAAACAUUAGAAAAUCUUCGUAAACAUCUACAUGAAGAACAAAAACAACAACAAGGUUCAAUAAUUCUUUCAUCAAAUAGACAAAUACAUAGUGAUACUCAUAUUCAAAUUAUACCUGUUCCAACUCAUCUAUCAAAAUCACCAACAAUGACGAUUGUCGAAGAAAAACAAAUUAAAAAUAUUUCACAUCAAACAACAAUCAAACCUACUAUUAGUGAAUUAAUACCAAAGAUUGAUUCAGUCGAACAAACUAAUCUUUCAUUAGUAACAACUAAUGCAAAAGAAUUAUAUCAAGAAUUAUAA